AUGAGUCUUGUCCCUUCUUUAAAACUCAAUAGUGGGUACCAAAUCCCUCAAAUAGCUUUUGGAACAUUUGAUGCUCCAAAAGACGAUGUUAUUAAAUCAGUUGAAUAUGCAAUUGAUACUGGUUUCCGACAUAUCGACUGCGCCAUAUUCUACAAUAAUGAGGUGGAGGUUGGACAGGCUAUUGCUGCAGGAAUGAAGAAGAACAACCUGAAACGUGAAGAGUUAUUCUAUCUUGACCUUUAUCUGAUACAUUGGCCCAUGUCCUUCCAACACAAGAAAGACGUUCCAUUUGAUGCUAUGGAUUCCAACACCCUGAUCUAUGAGCACCACAAAAUUGAAGAUACCUGGAAAGCUAUGGAGCAGUUAGUGACUGCCGGUCUCGUAAAAUCCAUUGGUGUCUCAAAUUUUAAUAAAAGACAGAUUGAGAGGAUUAUUGCCCAAUCCAGUAUCGCUCCUGCAGUUAAUCAAGUUGAAGUAAACCUUCAUUGGCUGAAUGAAAAACUUAUCGAAUUUUGUCAUUCCAAGAACAUUCACGUCGAAGCCUAUGCUCCCCUAGGGUCUCCUGGCUUUAUGAAGGGCCAAGUACAACCACUGGUACAACAACCGAAUGUGGUUGAAAUUGCUCAAAAGCACAACAAAACACCCGGACAAGUUCUUCUUAGACAUGCCCUCCAACGAGGUAUCGUAGUUCUUACAAAGAGUGUCACACCAGAUCGAAUAGCAUCGAAUUUCGAAGUAUUUGAUUUCAUGUUGACUAAAGACGAGAUGGAGAAACUCAAUAAAACAGGCAUGAAUCAGCGUAUUUUCCACGUUCCUGCGUUUGCCAAGCAUCCAGAAUAUCCGUUUCACGAUGAAUACUAA